AUGGGAGUAAAUACCACACCUAAAUUUAAAGAGAGGAACAGUAACUCGUUUCGCAAGUUGCAGAAGUCCCAGGGUAAGUCGCAAGAACCGGAACCGAUCAAGUCCAAUUUAAAGCUGAAUUCGACAGCACAUAUGAAGUUUGCCGCCCUGCCAGAUAGAGAAGCGGAAAAUUCGAAGCAACCAUUUUCACCUAUUAUCGACGUUAAGUUUUCACCAAGACCAUCUGAGAGUUCAGGGGCAUCGGCGGCUAAACCUUUAUCACUCAAGGAGCAGAUCAAGACUUUAGAACCAAUUAACGAGAUACCAAACGAGAAAGUUGAAAAAUUGGCUGAUUCCAUUAAAGGACCGUUUACAGAAUCUGAAGUACAAGAACUUUUGUUGAGUUAUACUUAUACUAGUGGUAUGAUUGAUGGCGGUGGAUCAGGCUCUACAGUUGCCGGCAAACGCGGAGCUUAUCUAAAGUCACAGCUUCGCAAAAAAUGGACUUCAGUGGCCCUAAAAGCUGUUGAUUCGAUCGACAAACUGCAAUCAAAAUUAUACGAGUAUUUUUGGUUAGGUGCCAUUUAUUUGAACGUUUGGUUCCCUAAAUUAACUUCAUUCGUCAGGUAUGUGCUUGAUUGCUCAUAA